AGCAGCGGGAGCCCGAGCCCGGGCGCGCGGCCUCCGGAGUGCCAGCCGUCCGGGCCGAGCGCAGCGCCGGCGCCCGCCUUUCCUGCGCAGCCGGAGAGAGAGGCCAGCGUCGCCGGGGACGGGGCCACGGAUUCUACAAUCCCAGGGCGGCGCUGCCCAAACGGGGCCCGGCUGGACCUGCCAUUGGCGUCCGUACUGCGCCAUGGAUCCCUCGGAGAAGAAGAUCUCCGUGUGGAUCUGUCAGCAGGAGAAGCUGGUGUCCGGCCUCUCCCGCCGCACCACUUGCUCGGACGUGGUGCGCGUGCUCUUGGAGGACGGCUGCCGGCGGCGCCGGGGUCAGCGGGGGGGCCAGCGCCGGGGGAGGGCCGGUGACCCGCCCGACCAGGGAGAAUUGCCCGAAUCCCUGGAAGAAAACGACGAGGAGGAUGACGAGGCGCUGCCCCAGGGCAUGCUGUGUGGGCCCCCGCAGUGCUAUUGCAUCGUGGAGAAGUGGCGCGGCUUUGAGCGCAUCCUGCCCAACAAGACGCGCAUCUUGCGCCUCUGGGCCGCCUGGGGCGACGAGCAAGAGAACGUGCGCUUCGUGCUGGUGCGCAGCGAGGCGUCCUUGCCCAACGCGGGCCCGCGCAGUGCCGAGGCGCGGGUGGUGCUCAGCCGGGAGCGCCCCUGCUUGGUCCGCGGAGCCCCUGUUCGGCCCAGCCUGGCCAUGACCCAGGAGAAACAGCGGCGGGUGGUGCGCAAGGCCUUCCGCAAGCUGGCUAAGCUCAACCGGCGGCGCCAGCUGCAGCCGCCGUCACCCUGUUCGUCCACGUCGUCGUCCACCGCCUCGUCCUACUCCCCGCCGCCGCGCGCCCCUGAAAGUGCGUCGGUGGAGCGCAUGGAGACGCUGGUGCACCUGGUGCUGUCGCAGGACCACACCAUCCGCCAGCAGGUGCAGCGGCUCCGGGAGCUGGACCGCGAGAUCGACCGCUACGAAGCCAAGGUGCACUUGGACCGCAUGCGGCGGCACGGGGUUAACUACGUGCAGGACACUUACUUGGUGGGGGUGGACGUUGAGCUGGACGGGCCCACCCCGGGAGAGGAGCCGGGGAAGGAGGCGGCGGCAGCUGCGCCCCUGGACAGUGAGGCGCAGGCGGCGGCGCUGGAAGAGUUGGCCCGGCGCUGCGACGACCUGCUGCAGCUGCAGGAGCAGCGAGCCCAGCAGGAGGAGGUGCUGGAGCGCCUCUCGACCGAGAUCCAGGAGGAGCUGAACCAGAGGUGGAUGGAGCGGCGCAAGGAGGAGCUGGCGGCGCGCGAGGAGCCCCCGGAGCCUGACGGCGGCCCGGACGGCGAGCUGCUGCUGGAGCAGGAGCGGGUCAGGACCCAGCUCAGCACCAGCCUUUACAUCGGGCUGCGGCUCAACACGGACCUGGAGACCGUCAAGGCGGACUUGGAUUACAGCCAGCAGCAGCGGGACAGCAAGGAGCGUGAGCUGCAGGGCCUCCUCCGGACUCUGCACAAUUUGGAACCGACGGUGGGGCGGGAUGGGGCUCCCAGCCCCGGCCCACCCGCGCGGGAACCCCGGCCUAAAGCCUGUGCCGAGGUGUGGGUGGACCAGGCCCGCGGACUGGCCAAGAGCUGUCCUGGCAACGACGAGGACUCGGACACGGGGCUGAGCUCCAUGCACAGCCAGGACUCGGACUCCGUGCCGGUGUGCGAGUCCCUCGUGUAGGAGGAGCAAGGAGGGAGACGCAAUGUCUUCCUGUCUCGCAGCGUGCAUUGGCCGGGCUGCUCAGAGACUUGAAUCAGGCUUCCGGGAGCCGGGAGCUCCUUGGAGGAGGCCGCCGCGCUCCCAUCUGAAAUCUCACUCGGGCGGUCGGGGAGGGCUGGGGGCCCUGCCGGGCCGCGGGCGGCGGCGCCCUUCUGCCUCCGGAGUUGAGUGUGGGGCGAGGAGACCGGGCUCCAUUCCAACCUCUUUGGAGGGAAAGGAGUGAGGAGUUGAGGACCCGCCCCCCUCCCCAAACCCACACACAUUAUUGGAAAACAAGCACUCCUGGGAAGUUGACGUGGUCCGAGCCCAUUUUCAAAACUGAAAAAAAAGUAUUAUGGAGAUUUCACCACUCUUCUGUAUGGGAAGGACUGAUGGCAGCUAGAACUGUAGUUGGUGACAUAAAGUGCUCUUAGGAGAAACACUUGGAUGAAAAGGAAAUUCCUUGAAUGUUAAUUGUGACUGUAAACGUGUUAAAACUAGCCAAAGAGGACGCACUGGUGUUGGUCCCAGCCUUACUGAACAUCUUUGAUAAAACCCUUAGGCACCAAAAUCCUGGCUGUUUACAUUUCUUCAGACUGGGGAACUGCCCAUCUGCUGAAUUACUUGCCUUUUAUUUUUGUUCAAAGGCUAAACUGUAUCGAAGUCUAACUCUGUAUUUCCGUCUGGUAAAUACAAUACAUGUUAAAGUGGGAGCCUUUUUCAAAAAUUACCGUUUAUUAUGACAGAAGCCAAACAUAACCCGUUUGAGAUUUAAAAUCCUGGCAAACAUAAUUCCUGGUUAAAAUUUAAUCUGAGCCCUUUGGGAUUUGUUCUUUGAGAGGCAGGUGUGUUGUCCUUUAGUUCAUAUUGCUCCUUCAUUGACUCAAUCGCUGUUAUUUCAGAAAAAAAAAAUAAAAUAAAAGGGGAGUCACAGAACUCACUUUCCACACGCUGUUUUAACGAGCACCACUUUAAACUAAAACUUGAAAGCAAAGAUCUUUGCAUGGUGUUCAGCUUUUAAACAGCCCUGUAAUUACAACUAACCAUGACCUCAACUCAUUUUACCCAAACCCAAGUCUAACUUCAGUAUCUCUGGUCAGAGGUGAUUUACUUGUUCAAAUUUAAAGUAGUGUCAAUGUCAAGGUUUUCUUGAUUAGGGCAAAAAAAAAAGUAUGAAGUCUCAUAAUACACCUGGGGUGAGCUCUUGGAUUAACCCCAGAACACGGCUAUGGAGAAAUGCAUAUGAAAGUGAGCCGAGGCCUUGACCUGCCCUUGUCUGGCACACACCUGUGCCCUGCUAGGGGACAUGGAGGGGGUCACCUUCUCUGAAGCUAAUGGUAGAGCUGGUCAGCUCUUAGGAUAAUUGUUGCAGUUAUUUCAGUUAAGGCUUAUCAGUGGUAGCUGCUUGCCUGGAGGGCCUCCUUCUGGAGCUCAGGACUUCUGAGGAAUUUGGGAUCUAAUCUGUCCUGAGGAGGUAGCAACAGUGGGUUGCACGUGUGGUGCCAGGUCGGUGCCGGAGUUGCACUGAGCCCAACUGUGAGAGACCAGCGCCAGUGUCAGGCCGACAUGUGAAGAUAACUCCAGAGGCCUUGCUUUCUGGAGGCCCAGAUCCUCUGUCUGCUGCCACAGGAGCCUGACCUUCUGAGGGACGGACGGCCUCACCUCCACCACCACUGCCGUGGUAUUACAGCACACGUGCCUGUUUUCAGAUUUUCAAGUAAAACCAGAAUUAAAAGACUGUUUUCUAAUUUGAUGUUUGCCAAAGACCUUAUGUGGCAUGAUUAUUAUUAUUAUUUUUAAAGUUACAUCUGAUUCAGAAACAUCCAUGUGUUUGAUCUUGAGCAUGAUGACAAUGAGGAUGGGCCUGGAAGAAACCCACCAUGUUCAAUUGUUCAAUCCCAUAAGCACAAAGCCAACAAUAGCUUUCAUUUUGAGGCUGAGAUGAAAUCUUCAUUCUUGUGUGACCAAUGCCUCUUGUCUGUAUGGCUUCGGCUGGCAAUGGGCUGACCUGGUGGUUUUUAAAUUAUUGUGCUCCACCCCCAAGGUGGGAGGGGAGGUGGUUCUCGGAUGUUUAUUAACUCAGAAAAAAGACAGAAUUUGGCAAGAGAGGACCAACUGCCUGGCAGGAAGGAGCUGUUUUCCUUUUCACUGUUAUUAUUUUAAACUUUGAUGAGCUGCUGACGUCAGCAAAUAUGUUUGAAGCCUGUAAAGCCAACAAGCCACAUCACAGAGAGGAGAAGCCCCGUGGGGUGUUCUGGGCUCUGCUCCUGGAACCUUCCCUGCCCUGACCACCUGAAGUUGUUUGCCUAGUCAACUCUUCAGGCAGCCCGGGAGGCUUUAUUUCUAACAAAGGACAGCCCAGGCUGCCCAUCAUCCAAAUCAGUUAUAUUCCUAAAAGCCGCUCUCUGUGUGGGUAGGAGCAAGGAGGAGGGGGGAGGAAGAAGGAGACAAUAGUUCCUUUUAGGAAGAGCUUUGCAAACCUGGGAAAGGUACAGUGCCAGCAGAGGGACACACUUAAUAAACGCUGUGUUUCAACUUGGGAUCACAUGUAUGUAUAGUCCUCACUGCACCAGGCAUGCACAGCACCAGGUGCCCGGCUUCAGGAUGUCAGGGCACCUGGGAGAAGAGACUCCAGGCCUCUCCAAGGUCCCGGAGAGGAAACAGCAAGCUUGAGGACAGGAGGAGGACACACAGGCUCCUCAGCAGCCAGCCCCAUCCUGUUUUUGGAAUUGAAACAAUCUGUUGUAUUUUAAAAGUCUGAAUUAUUUCAUUCUCAGCCAUCUCCCAAACCCAAGGAUUCUAUAUGGUGUCUCUAGGUUUGUUUACUUUCUUAUAUAAAAUGUUUUUAUUGUUACUCUUUUAACUGAUUAGAAAAGUCCUUAGGAUGAGCCUGAAAAUAAUAUGAAUACAGAGAAAGAAAAGUCACUCUAUAUCUUUUAUCACUAAAAACCUGACACUAUCACAAUUUGGCCUAUUUCCUUCAGGAAAGGAAUUUUGAAGAUUUCUUAUUUUGCUUGUCUUUGAAAAAAAUAGCUGAAUGUGCUUACACACGCCUGUAAGCCCAGCACUCUGAUAGGCUGAGCAGGAGGAUUACAAAUUCAAGCCUGGCCUGUGCAAUUUAGCAAGAUCAUGUCUAAAAAAAAAAAGACAAAAGCAACUUUGAUAAGAUUGCAUAAAUGCUUUGAUAUUUAGCUUUUGGAAGACACCUUGUAAACAAAUUCAUCUGGUGGAUAUACCAUGGUUAUAUAACUUAGCUUGUGUUACUAGGUUGUUUCCCAUAUUUCUUUACUAUUAUAAAA